CAAUGUUGAGAUGGAGUGGCUACCGUGCCGCCCGGGUUGCACGCGCGCCGACUCAGCGAUGGCUCGCGUCGCUGAGCUACGUUGCCGCCGACAACAGCCGGUGGUCUGACCCCAGCCUGUACCAGGCCACGCGCCGGUCAGUGGAUGAGGCGAGCACGCUACCGGGCACGGUCUACCAUGACAAAGAGUGCGGUACUAGAUGGAGAAACUUGCUCUCCCGACGAACAUGCUAUGCGUCAUUUUACGUGUAUGUGCGCGACGCAGGUUUGCACAGCUGGAGGAGGAGCGCGUGUUCCGCAGCAGCUGGGUGGCGGCGGCGGAGCUGUGCGACGUGUCAAAGCCUGGGGACGUGAUGCCGGUCAACGUCGGCGGCGCUUCGCUUCUACUCGCCAACGAUGGGGGCACGGUGCGCGCGUUCCACAACGUGUGUCGCCACCGCGGCGCAAAGCUGGUCGAGGAGCCGUGCUCCAAGCGGCGCACCAUCCUCUGCCCCUACCACCGCUGGGGCUACGCGCUCGACGGCCGGCUGAUCGCGACGCCCUCCUUUGAUGACACGGCGGACGGCAGGCGGAUUCCCGAGCACAUACGCCAGAAGUUCUGCACCUCGCACGUCAAGGACUUCGACAAGUCGCGCAACGGCCUCUUCCCCGUGAGGGCGGACUCGGCGCUCGGGCUCAUCUUUGUCAACGUCAACGGCGAGGCGCCUCCGCUCUCCGAGUGGCUGGGCGACCUGCUGCCCUCGCUCUCGGAGUACGAGAGCAGCUUUGGCGUGGGCACGCCCGGGCUCGUCCCGUACAAGCGCAAGCAGUACGACGUGCCCGCCAACUGGAAGCUCCUGGUCGAGAACUACCUCGAGUACUACCACCUGCCGGCGGUCCACCCGGAGCUCUGCAACGUGAGCGGCGUCGACGAGCACCGCCGGCACCAAGGGAGGGGCAUGUACAUGUGCUUUGCCACGGAGCCUCUCUCGCGGGGGGGGACGCCCAUCGACCCCGGCAGGAUCCCUCCCUUUCCGACGCUCCGGCCGCGCCACCAGCGCAUGGCGUACCACGUCGCCCUCUUCCCCAACACCUUCUUCUCCCUCUACCCCGACUCGCUGUUUCGGGUCAUCCUCUCACCGCACGGAGCGGGGCGCACCGUCGAGCAGGCGACGUUCCUCUCGCACCGCGCCGCCUUCGACGCGCCAGGCGGCGAGGCGGUCCUUGAGGACAUGUUUCAGUUUUGGGACCUGAUCAACACGCAGGACAUCGACAUCGUCAAGAAUGUGCACCAGGGCACGAGCACCCCCCUCUACACCGGCGGCCGCUUCUCGUUCCGGUUCGAGGAGACGCUGCACCGCUUCCAGAACAUGGUCAUCGACAAGAUGCUGGUCCACGAGCCGACGCGCUACCGCAUCCCCGACGGCGACGUCGACUACCACGACCUGCUCGCAGCGCCCGACCCGCUGCUCCCUGCGGCCGCUUCGGGCUAGGAACGCGAGGCAACCCCAUUGCUCGAGUCUCAGGAAGCUCGUCUGGCGCAACGUCAGUACCGGCUGGGCAGGAACGCGGGGGUGGCUCCGCGUGGCCCACAGGCAUCAUAGGAACCAUGCUGACCCAUCCAACAGCUGCAUUCCCCCAUCGUGUGCGUCCGUGCACUCUUGUGUGUCCUAUUUGUACACUUCUGUUGCUGUGCAGUGCCGUGGUGUAUCCUCUUUGUGCAUUUCCAUGGGCUGU